GGGCUGUCCUGACACAUUUCUCUGCUUUAAUUCGUGUUUAUGAUUUUGUUGAUAUGACCACGUGUAUUAUAGAAUAGUUUCAACAAUUUCGUAUCAUGAGUCUUAAUCCAAAUAAUUUGGCCAUUAUAAAUCGAGAUUAUUCUCUCAACGUUAGUUCCGUAUUGAACAAAGAUCAUAAACAAUUUGGAAAGUCAUACCUGACCGAUGGUAAUGAAGAAACGUGCUGGAAUUCGGAUGAAGGCAAUUUUCAAUGGAUAUUCUGUACAUUUCAUUAUCCGUUUAUUUUGAAUGAAUUGAAUAUUCAAUUUCAAGGAGGAUUUUCUUGUAAAAAGAUUUUGAUCAAAUAUCUUAAUCACAAAGAUCAACAAGAACUUGGUGAAUCAAUUAUCUAUUGUGAAGAUAAUAAUUUGACACAGAACUUCAAGGAUAUCAACCGUCUUCAAUUUUCAUCUCAAUUCAUUAAAAUUUUCUUUCUUGAUUGUACCGAUACAUUCGGCCGAGUGAUUGUAUACAAAUUUGAAUUAUAUGGACAACGAAGCGAAAAUCAAGAAUCACAACAUGAUUAAAACUUUGUUAAACAUUGAUAAAGUUCUCAAUCAUUAUCAAUGGCUCAUGGAUUCUUAUGUUCUUGAUUUUUAUCUUGAUGACCAUUGGUGUAAGCUACCUACAAAAUGG